CGCCUCUAACGACCAUCCUAUGGCGGCGGCGGCCGGGGGAGUUGUUGGCGGCGGCGGCUCGGCGGCUCUGGGUGACGGCGGCGCCAUCGACUACUCGGUGCACGAGGCGUGGAAUGAGGCCACCAACGUCUACCUGCUAGUGGUGCUCGCCAGCCUCGCCCUCCUCGUCUACGCGCGCCGGAACAAGAGGAGGAUCAUGCGCAUAUUCACGCUGCCCCCCGCUGCGGACACGCUGCCCGAGCCCAACUUCUACGACAGCAUGAAGAAGAUUCGCCUGCGGCAGCAGCUGGAAAUGUACUCCAUCGCAAGGAAGUAUGAACAGCAGCAGCCACCAAAACAGACUGAAAGUGUACAGCUCUCAGUGGAAUGAAGUCCACAAUUGUGUCAUGAUGAGGAGCUUCUCAGAAAUGGAAGUGGAUGAUGAGUCAAGAUGAAGAAAUCAUACAUUUAAGAAGUUGGCUCAAGUUUCCGUUACAGGCAUGGAAUGUUUCUGAGACCAAGCCAUGUGAGAAGAACAUGAGUAAAGAAGAGGGAGAUGUAGACCCAGACUUUCUAGAAGGGAUUGCAGGAUUUGAGAGGACGCUGCACAAACAUCACAUAGUUGGCUUGCUUAUUCGUUUACCUGUGCCCUUGGAUCAUAAUACCUUAUUUGCCUACCUGUCUGGAAGUUGAAAAAUCCCUUCAUAUCUGUGUCUUUAAUAUAAUCAUGGCUUCAAGCUUGUUUUAGGAAAAAAGCAUAACAUCACUGUAGUUUUCAUUUAUGGAUUAGAUAGCUGCUGCUUUGUAUUUGAAAUCUUUUUUUUUUUUUUUUUUUUAUGGAAACUUCCAUUGAGUAUGGAGAAGAUCAAAUUGUGAUAGUUCAUGAUAGUAACAAAACAGCAAAUCUAGAGCUUUUCUUGCAUUUAAUAAACAGCCUUUGCAUAAAAAGUGCAAUAGAUGCACAGAGAAAAGGGAAAAAAGAUAGAACUAUCCCUCUGAUUUGAGUACCUUCAUAAUGUAUUGUUUCUAUGUUGUUCUUAGAUGUCAUGAUUUAAUAUUAAUCAGUUCAAUUUUUUUGAAGUUGACUGUUGGUUGCAAAAGCAUUCCAGUGAGGUAAUGUUUUCUUUUCUUUUUUCUUUCUUUCUUUCUUUCUUUCUUUCUUUCUUUCUUUCUUUUUUUUUUUUUUUUUGGCAGGGCUGUGGGAUUUUAAGUGCAGAUUACUUAGCUCCCAUUAGUAUUGACUUGAGGGAGAGCUUUUGAAAAAGGUUAUUUUGAACAUCUUUGGCUGUUAGGUGAAGUAUCUCUGGGAAAAUUCUAGCCAUGUUUUUCAGUACAUUAUGAUCUUGUAAGCAGACUUAUUUGUAAGAAGUCGCUGAUAUGGAGUUAUUAAGACUGACAUUUAUAUAUUUAAUUUUUUAAAAAUGAAUGCUAUUUUGAAGACUGUUCUUGAUCAAGGCAAAGAGCAUCUUUGCUUUUCAUAUGAAGUCUUAUCUGAUGUUUUAUUUUUAUUAAAGACUAUAGUUAUUUCUACAUACUGACUGAAUAUUUGGCCUUUAAGAGCAUAUAAUUAGAUGGAAGAGGACAAGCAGUUGUUAAAGGACUGUUUUUCUAAUGAAAAUAUUUUGAGAUCAUAUAAUUUUACUUUCUUCUGAAUAGAUGUGAUUAGUGUGUUGGAAGUAGUUUUAGAGUGGAUAUAAAGGGAACAGUUGAGAGACAGUGGCUGAGAGUGUGUCCAGCUAUUUUUGUAGCUAACAUUUAUAUUUUAACAUUGGAUUAUUUUUUCAGUCUCUUAGAUAUUUCCAUAUAAUUGAACAGCUAUAUAAUUGGAUAAAAAAACUAUUUGAAUUUAGUUAUAUUCAUAUUUUUAAAAUAGGUAUUAUUACACUAAUUGAUAAGUAAAUCACAAUGACUGUGAGAAAAUCCUGCACUAUAUAAUUACUUUAAUAGAAGAUUAAACAUGGGAGAGUAUUGUCUGUAUAAAAUAAAAAUGUUUUCAUGGAUUUUUAGUUGCUGAAACUGAAUUCAAUAAACUUUAGUUACUGUUGUUGACUGGAA